GCUGGGUAUAGCGGCUUCCCGCAGAGUCGUUACGUGUACCGGCUUCAGCAUGAAGACCCUCAUAGCCGCCUACUCCGGGGUCCUGCGAGGCACCGGCUCCAGCAUCCUCUCUGCCCUCCAGGAUCUUUUCUCCGUUACUUGGCUCAAUAGGUCCAAAGUGGAAAAGCAGCUACAGGUCAUCUCGGUGCUACAAUGGGUCCUGUCCUUCCUCGUGCUGGGAGUGGCCUGCACCGUCAUCCUCAUGUACACGUUCUGCACCGACUGCUGGCUCAUCGCUGUGCUCUACUUCACCUGGCUGGUGUUUGACUGGAACACGCCCAAGAAAGGUGGCAGGAGGUCACAGUGGGUCCGAAAUUGGGCUGUGUGGCGCUACUUUCGAGACUACUUUCCCAUCCAGCUGGUGAAGACUCACAACCUGCUGACCACCAGGAACUACAUCUUUGGCUACCACCCCCACGGCAUCAUGGGUCUGGGUGCCUUCUGCAACUUCAGCACAGAGGCCACGGAAGUGAGCAAGAAGUUCCCCGGCAUAAGGCCCUACCUGGCCACGCUGGCCGGCAACUUCCGGAUGCCAGUGCUGAGGGAGUACCUGAUGUCCGGAGGCAUCUGCCCUGUGAACCGGGACACCAUAGACUACUUGCUUUCAAAGAACGGGAGUGGCAAUGCCAUCAUCAUCGUAGUGGGGGGCGCAGCGGAGUCUCUGAGCUCCAUGCCCGGCAAGAAUGCGGUCACCCUGCGCAACCGCAAGGGCUUUGUGAAGCUGGCCCUGCGACAUGGAGCUGACCUGGUUCCCACCUACUCGUUCGGAGAGAAUGAGGUCUACAAGCAAGUGAUCUUUGAGGAGGGCUCCUGGGGCCGAUGGGUCCAGAAGAAGUUCCAGAAGUACAUUGGCUUCGCCCCGUGCAUCUUCCACGGCCGAGGCCUCUUCUCCUCUGACACCUGGGGGCUGGUGCCCUACUCCAAGCCCAUCACCACUGUCGUGGGUGAGCCCAUCACCAUUCCCAAGCUGGAGCACCCGACCCAGCAGGACAUCGACCUGUACCACGCCAUGUACAUGGAGGCCCUGGUGAAGCUCUUCGACAAGCACAAGACCAGCUUCGGCCUCCCGGAGACCGAGGUCCUGGAGGUGAACUGAGCCAGCCCUCAGCCCGGUGCCGGGAGGACCCCGCUCCGCUGCAAGCCGUUUUCCGCCAAGUUCUCGAGUGCUUUUUGUUCUGUAAAUUUGGAAGUGUCAUGGGUGUCUGUGGGUUAUUUAAAAGAAAUUAUAAUAAUUUUGUUAAACCAUGAAAAUGUUAGGUCUUUUUUAGGAAGGGCAACGCUUGAACAUUUCAGGCCUGUUCCCUUCCAGUGUGUGCUGUUCUCGGUGGUGGCGAACACCUCGGGGCCUUUAGCAUUUCCCAACCAGCCCCUCUUCUUCCAUUCCUGAAGUUACAGAGAAGGCGCGGGCCUGGCUGGCUGGGGAAGAAGGACCGCCGUGCGUGACCCGGGCCAGUUAGACGACUUGCUCUUUGCCCCUGGAGGCUGAGGAGCAGAAGCCGCUCCUGACACAAACACCUCUAGUCCCAGCUGCCUUGACUUGACGGCAGGACUGGUCCCUCUGGCCGAGGGGAAGCCUCGAAGGCACAGUUGUCCCCGUUUUGAAGAGAGCAGUGAUGGGCAUCUGGACCGUUCCAGCGAUUCUCCUCUCUGCCACGUCCCCAGUCUUUCACCCUGAGCCUGGACCGGCCUCCGCAGAGACGGUGGGGGUGGUGAUGAGCCUGUGCCGAGAGCAGGGCUAGCCCAGGCAUACCGUCUCUUGGAUUAUCCAGCUACCACGUUCUGCUUGGAGUGACUGGUUUUCCUCAGGGGGCUGGUGACGUGGACCCAGCACUGACCAGGCCUUGGCCGGAAGCCCAUACUUUCCGGUGGCCUCGUUUUGCUUAACCCCACACCCCCAAGGGGAGGUGUGAGGACGGGGCCCCUCUUCCUGUUCACAGAGGAGCCUGGCCUUCUGAGCAUCAGAUUGGUUUCUGGAUAGGAGCCCCCCGAACCCACGCGUCAGAUGUGUGUGCCUUUUAGGAGGAUGGGGGCCAGGGAGGAAACCCCGCCUUUCUUCUGUGUGUUCUGUUUUCUCUUGAUGAGACCAUUGUACCAUGUCAGACUUUUGUAUAUUCCUAAACAGAUAAAUAAAAAUGAGCGUCCUCUGA